AAGAAUUUCGAAUUGUGUUCAGGAAUUGGUGAGGUGGGUGAAGAGGGAUUCGAUUCAGAAUCAUAGUUUUCGUUGAAACAAGUCGGAAUGGAUGAGAAAUCGCACCAGCAGGGUGAUACUUCAGUUUUUCAAGGAACAAACAAUUACCCAUAUUCCAAUUCAUUGGCUAACUCGCACGCCGCCGACGUGGAAGUUGCCGCCAGAGAUGCAGUUCUGCGCGAGCAAGAAAUUGCUACUCAAAAAAUCAUUCAGGGUCAGAGAGAGGCUGGAGCUGCAGUUGUACCUCCUAGAGAUGGAUUGGAUCUCUUCUCAGAGCGCCGUGACCCUAAUGCUCUAAAGGAGCAUUUACUAAAGAUGGCAUCAGAGCACCGUGCAGAAAUGGCUUCAAAGCGGGGGAAGCCUAAUUUGCCUGAAGGUAACAUAGAAAUUGGAAAUGGGUAUGGUGUACCUGGUGGAGGUGCUUAUUAUGGUGCUUCAAGGCCUAAUUUUUCUAUGGCAGGAAAUAUAGAUCCUGUAAACAAUAAGACAGGCCAGAAAACUCCUGAGCUUGAUAAAGAAUCAGAAAGCAAACCUGCAGCUAAAGAAUUGCCAGAGUACCUUAAGAAGAAGCUGAAAGCAAGAGGCAUUCUUAAAGAUGAUAAUGAUUUAUCAAAAACUAAUAAUUUUCAGAAAGUGGAGGCUGGUUCUACUGAGCUUGCACAAAUUGGGAAGCUGCCUCCAGGAUGGGUUCAAUGGGAAAGGCCUGGUGCGACAUCUACUAGUGGACAAAUGCCAUUACUUUCACAACUUCCAGGAGAUUGGGUGGAAGCAGUAGAUGACACAACAGGUUGUAGAUAUUAUUACAAUACAAAGACCAAAGUAUCACAAUGGGAGCACCCUAAUUCAUCAAAUCACGCUGCAUCAGAAAAUACAGGCACCAUGGUGUCUGAAAAUGUUGCUGAUGCAAAUUGGGUUAAUCAUUCAUCAAACCCAGAUAAAUGCAUGGGAUGUGGUGGUUGGGGAGUUGGCCUUGUACAGUCAUGGGGUUACUGCAAUCACUGCACACGAGUACUUAGACUUCCAGAGUGUCAGUACCUGUCAACCAGCUUGAAUCAGCCACAACAGAGAUGCAAUUCUGCAAAGGCCACAGAAGAUUCUGAGAAAAAGCCUCCAAAACAGAGGUCGAACUGGAAACCUCCCAUGGGAAAAGGAAACAGAAGAGACAACAGGAAGCGUACUUACUCUGAGGAUGAUGAGUUGGAUCCCAUGGACCCAAGCUCGUAUUCAGAUGCUCCUCGUGGUGGUUGGGUUGUAGGACUGAAAGGAGUACAGCCUCGAGCAGCUGAUACCACUGCAACCGGUCCACUGUUUCAACAACGUCCAUAUCCUUCACCAGGAGCUGUCUUGCGGAGGAAUGCCGAAAUUGCUUCAAAUACAAAGAAACCAAACUCCCAUUUGACGCCUUUAACAAAGAGAGGCGAUGGCAGUGAUGGCCUUGGUGAUGCUGACUGAGUCUCAAAGUCAUGCUCUCUUAUUUUAUCUGAACAUACGAGGAUUGCACAUCCUUCAGCAAGACCAUGUAUCAUGUGGUAUAAUUUUUUGCCCUACACUACGCCUUAGGUACAUAUGUGGACGGAUGAUUGGAAAGCUGAGGUGCUGAAAAUUAAACUUCCUGUUUCAUUGCAUAUGCCGUAAUAUGUGCGCGGAAUUUCUAAUUAAUGCAUCAAUACUAUAUGGAUGCAAGAUUAUCGGAGGGAGGGAGGGAGAGAGAAAAGAAAUCAGAAAUCUCCUCUCAUUGUAUUUAGAAAAAAUUAGUCUUGAAUGGAUUUAUGGAUUUCUUGUGGAGUAGAAGCUAUGAUCACAGUUCAUCUUUUACGUUGGUCAAUCAACAAAUUGGACUUUUGCAAUUGAGUUUCCUAUUUUGUAAUCUAAAUUGCAAAACAUGAACUUUUAGAUGGAAGGAUAGCCCUUAAUAUAAGAAACUCCCCCUUCAACUAAUGGUUUAAGUCAUGCAGUUAAUAUUUUUUUUCC